UGAAAAGGUUUAAAUUUAUAAAAUAAUGUCGAAUAAAACAACGCGCUUUCGCCCACAAGAAUUGGAAACUAACUUUGAAACUAGCCUUGCAGGUUGGCGGCAUGUUCAUGUCGAUGGAGAAGUCACUAGUAGCUGCUUCAGUGAAAUUCCUGGAGUAGCUGAGUUGAAUGCUAAAAGCGAUUAGGAUUUAGGAAUUUAUAUAAAAAGUGUUGUGCGUUCAUUCUGUAUAGUAGUAGCCUUUAAAUAGAAAUGGAAUAAAUAUCCAGUUUAUUGCAAAUCAAGGGCUUAUAUAAAAUCGAUUAAAUUUCAUAUUUUUUCUUUACCAGUUUUCUUCGUCACAUUUUUCAUUGAUUCAGACAUUUUAAUCUUCUUUCGUAACUACGCAUCAUAAGAAACAAGAAUCAUGAGUUCGUCAAAAUGGUUGGCGUCCAAGCGCCGCUCGUCUCUAAACCAAAUCGAACCUCUCGGCCACGUGUCCAAACUCCUGACAUUACGCAGCCCUCGACCUGCAGAAGGCCUUGCAAGAUAUCAAUCUGACUCCAACUUAAUGAAGUGCAGAACCCUGAAAAUUCCCACCUUGAAUAUCAGUUUUACGUCGGAGGAACACUUUGAGAAUCAUGAACGCAAGCGGUCGUUACCUGAAGAGGAUGGAUUGACUGCCAAUUCAUAUAUUAAAGACAGGAGAGCUUCGUGCGGGCCCUGCCUUAAACGGUCCUACGUUCGGUCGCCCUUGCAGAGCAGCUUUCCCGAGUCAAGUCGUCGCUUGUCUCUCGCAUCAGUGGAAGCGUCUCCAGUUCACAUUCAGGAAACGUCGUUCCAGCGAAGGCGGUCUCUGUGUGCGCUCUCCCCUGUACUGGCCAGCACGCCUAUCGAGGAUUCUGGCCACAAGAAAGACGCUUUCUUUCGCACGCCUUCGCUAUCCCCGUGCGUAGAGGACGACUACAGGGAAGAUAAAUUCUAUUUCUCUUCUUUCGGAAAGGAAUCUGAUCCCUUCCAAAGUUCAUCUCGUGACCACAGGUCUUUUUCUCAAAUAAAGUAUACCUCAAGUGAUGAACUUCUACGAUGCCAGCAGUCGAGGCUUGAGUCACACUCGAUUGCGGUUUCAAACUUGAGUGAUUCGCAGAGAUAUUCGACGGCAAGCGGCUUGUCUUCUGACGAGAAUCUUCAACCAAACUUAACGCACUCGAGAAAACCUAGUGACGGAAAUUUAUUCUCCACGGUUACAUCAAGAAAGAAGCACAUCAUUCCUACAAUAGAGAUUGAUUUUGCAAGUCCAGUUUCAGUGAAUAAAUCUCAGCCUGUUGUCCACGAGGGCUUCUCACUCUGGCUCGUGGAGCAUGUACAGGAUGAGCAGCAACACGGGCAGCUCUUCUCGCAUGAUCGCGGCAACCCUCAAACGAAGCUGCACACCUCUGGCCCACUAAAAAAUAUGUACAGAUCCUUUUCAAAGUUUCCAGCAAGUCAAGCUCGGAAUAAAAACUCGGCUUUUUCUUCAGCCUGGUUAAACACUACGUAUGGAGGGCGAAAUAAAAGCUUUGUGAACUCCUCCUCCAUUGGAUGCCGAAGUCCCAGGAGAGUUUCCCUCCAGCCCGAGGGGUUGCCCGCUGUCCGGGCGUCUAGAAAACUCUCUGUUCACCUGCCAAGGUUACGAGCUCCGAUUUUCUCGUCCCCCGUCGAACGUUCUCGAGAGAAGCGCCCUCUAGGCGUGGAAAUUGGCAAGGGUGGCUUCGGGACAGUUUGCCUGGCGACUUUCGAAGGAGACUACGUAGCAGUGAAGAAGAUCCAGGCGAGCAAGACGGUCGCGUGUCGGGACAGCGAGCGUCUGGCGCUGCUCUUCCAGCAACACCCGCACCUCGUGACCACCGUCGCCGUGGUGGAGCCCUUGCCAGGGUCGGGGCAGGUCUUGCUCAGCAGACGACUACAGGGCACGACCCAGUCUAACACGGCGGAGGAGAUCUCCCUAGAGGCGCUCACUCGUAGCCUCGGUCUACACACCACUACAGGGCACAGACAGUCUGCGGUGGACCGCUGCCAGCAGUACGGCUUUACUAACCUCCAAACAAGUUUACUGAAAAGCACCAAAACUUUUCUACCAAUUAGCGCCACAGUGAACGGCAGCGACUGGCUGUGGGUCAUCAGUGAGUUGUGUUCCCCAACUAACCUCCACACGUUGGUCCACUCCACCGCCGAACUCACCAUCAAACAGAAGUUAAGGUUUUUGGGUGAGCUGGCGAGCGGGGUGACGUUCCUGCACGAACAAGGCUUCGUGCACCGCGACGUGAAGCCCGCGAACGCCUUCCUGACCUACGGCGGCACCAUCAAGCUGGGCGACUUCGGGUGCUGCGGCGACCUCAGCGGGGACAUGAGUCCUGUAAUCGGGACCAUUGCAUACCAAGCGCCCGAGAUCCUCCAAGGUGAAUCAGGCAGUGAGAAGUCUGACGUGUUCUCGCUGGGCGUGACGAUGUGGCACGUCUUGCACCGCACUGUACCUUACUGCGGCAUCCAUCCUCACGUCAUCGCCUACAACGUCACCAGGACCGGCAUGCGGCCCGAUGCUCCCUGGCCUUUGGAGCGCAACUCCGAAGAUACAUCACACUGCAAGAAGUUGGAUCUCCUUGAGACCAUGCUGACAAUGCUGGCACGCAAGUGCUGGCAUCAGCAAUCCAGUGAGCGGCUGUCGACCACCUCGGUGUGUCGCAGCCUCGCUAUCCUGUACCUCACUCCAUGAACAACUGCCAUCAAUUCUGUCCACUUGAGCAGAGAAAUGUUUAGCAGCGAACUUCUAAUUUUGAGAUUAAAACUUUAGUGAGAAAUGAGCUCCGCGGGCGAAGUUCGUCGUCGCACGCGGGUUAAUGCACUUCAUGAGAUGACAAGUUUAAGUGGGUACUCGAUUAUUCAAUUUAUCGAGGUAACCUUGGGCAAUUAUUUGACUCAAAAAAUGCACUACUUGUAUGGACACACAGCAAACCCCGCGAAAAAGUAAAUUUGCCGUUAAGUUCUGUUUGAGUGAACGCCGAUUUUCCGGCGUAUUAAAAAUCUCCUAAGUAUUUUGAUGUCAAUAAUGGAGAAACACGCCUUAGUGCUGGCGUCAACUGAACGAAGAAACCAACUCGUAGCAACCUCAAACACACCAGAAAUGAGCUUGAGCUUUUAAAUUAUAUUGGAACUAAAGGUUUCCAUUGCUAAUUACUUGAGAAAUUUUAUCUAUAGAGCGUUCUUUUGAUAGUAGUUUUCAGGUCUGAAGACAGUGAUGAAUAUCACAAUUCCUGAGAAAGAACUCACAACCUAAAGGCUGAUCUGAGAAAUGAUUUACUUUCCUUGUACUUCAGCGUAUGAAUAAUACCGAUUUUUUUUAGUGAUAAAUCUUAAUUUCACUUUCACAUUUACAGUUUAAAUCUAGAAUUAAAUGGUGUGGGAUUUUUCUAACUUAUGUGUUCUUUUCUAAAUUUUACCAGCGUCUAUUUUAGUUGUAUUCUAAAGCUGUUUUAACGAGUUUUCUAGUAGCUUCUUGCCACGAAGUUUUGUUUGAUUUGCUUUAUACGAGUCUCUUCAAAGUUUCAUUAGAGACUCGAACACAUGUUCAUUAGUCUUCGAUGAGUUAAAAAAAUAUUUGGUUUAAUUUCGAUGUAUUGUAAGAUGUUUAUUAAAAUAUUUUAUCGCAUUACUAGUUUCACCUUCGUCUUUCGGAAGGAUCUAUCAGUAAUGUAAACAAACGAGAACAGGCAAAAAGAAUGAUUAAUAUUUAUUAUAUGCUUUGAUAUAUUAUGUAAAAUGAGGUCAUGAUGCAUGACCUUUGUACCAGAGAGUAUGAGUCAUCAAGGCAAGUCAACAUGGAGUUGUGAAUUUUUCAUAUGCCUAAACAUCUUAUUCGAAGACACCAUGUAUUGAGGCAAUGCAAGGUUUCCUUCUCAAGGCUCAACAAGGAACAGGUAACAUUUACCUAAAAAUAUCGAAGAAUAAUGUCGAAAAUAUGCGCGUGUGUAGUUACCUAAAAAUAUCGAAAAUAUGCGCGUGUGUUAUUGCUAACAUUAAUAUUUAGUAUCACACAGGGGCUGGUAAAUGAAUGAACUGGGUACUCUUGAAUUGAAUUUCAAAAGCAAGAAAUUCUAUUAAAUAUUAAAUUACA